AUGUCGAUUAACGUGAGGCGGUCACUGAAGCUCGCCGGCAGCUUCGCGCGAGGAUGUUCGCGUCAGCAAAACUUGCGCCCUCUCUCCACACUCCCAGAAAAAGGACUUGUGGGUGCAACCACUCAGCCACAGUCGCUCGCGCAAGUGAUCGACGACUCUAUCAAGGCCACCGGUCCGAUGUCAGUUGCGCGGUACAUGCAGUUGUGCCUCACACACCCCAAUUGGGGUUACUAUAGCCAAGGCGAUGUGUUCGGGCGAGAAGGUGACUUCAUCACGUCCCCUGAGAUCAGCCAAGUGUUUGGCGAACUCGUCGCCAUCUGGUUAUUGACGAGGUGGAUGGCGGCAGGAGCGCCGGAGCGUGUGCGCCUCCUCGAACUCGGUCCGGGGCGCGGAACUCUCAUGGACGAUGUGUUGAGGGCGCUGGCCAAGUUCAAGAUCGACUCUGUGACCCUCGUCGAGUACAGCGAGAAGAUGCGGGGGAUCCAGCAGGAGAAAUUGGGCCCGCGUUGCGAGGCACUUGGUGCUAAACUUGUGUUUGAGGAGGAGAUUGCGGGCGUGAAAGAGUCCCCAUUGUUCACAAUGUUCAUCGCGCACGAGUUCUUUGACGCCAUGCCUGUGCACGUCUUCCAGCGUGAUGAGGCCGGCUUUCGCGAAGUGCGAGUGGACCGCAACCCCUCCUAUCUUCCCGCGGCGAACAACCCGCGGUUCCGCCUGGGUGUGGACCGCGAGUCGAGCUUGCUCGCUUCGCUCCUCCCCGCGUCGUCAGCACGCUUUGGGCGCCUUCCCAUCGGGGCCCGCGUCGAGAUCUGUCCCGACUCAUCGCGCAUCAUGCGCAGCGUCGGCGAAGCGAUGGCAGAGGGCGGUGGCGCCGGCCUUGUGAUCGACUAUGGCAGUGACCGGAGCUUCAGCAACAGCGUCCGCGGGUUCCGGAAGCACAAGGUCGUCGACCUCUUCGAGGAACCAGGCACUGCGGAUCUCACUGCGAACGUCGAUUUCGCGUAUCUCAAAGAGUCACUCGACGGUGUUGCUGAGACGGCCGGGCCAAUCACGCAGGCCAAGUUCCUCCUCUCACUCGGCCUAGAGCCUCGUCUGGCCAAGCUCAUCAGCUCGGCGGCCGACCCUACGCAGCGGAAGCGCAUUGAGGAUGGCGCCAAGCGUCUCAUUGACAAGACUGGCAUGGGUACUCAGUACCAGGUCAUGGCUGUGGUCAAGGGACCAGCUGGCGAGGACGAUGUUUAUCCCUUCGGCAAGCCAUCCAAGGAUGUUCCGGAAGCGCCAAAGCUGGAGGAAAAAUCCAAGUCAUGA